AUGGCUGCCAUUAAAAACAUUAUGGAGACUCCGCUCGUUUUAUGGGUGGAGUCUUUCAAUCAAGGUAAAUCUGUGGAGUAUGCCGACCUGUAUAACGGGAUAUUCCUUAACGAUGUCAUGCAACAGAUUGACCCUCGUCCAACCAAUCAGAGUGUGAACCGUCAUGUUGAUGAUGUGGAUGCACGGCUACAUAACUGGGACCUUCUUCUCCGAAACAUUCGAGGGUACUACGUGGAAGUGUUACAACAGUUACUGAUAUUGAAGCCACCAAACAUCAACCUCAUCUGUCGACACCCAGAAAACGAUACCAGUUUCCAGGAGCUGAAGAAGGCCAUUCUCCUGAUUCUUGGCUGUGCCGUCCAGUGUGAGCGUAAGGAAGAAUUCAUUGAUGGUAUCAAACGCCUCGAUGUCGAUGUCCAACAUGUCAUCGUGGAACACAUCAAGGAGGUCACGGAUGACACGGAGUGUGUGUUGUCAAUGGAGCCGACGGAACAUCUGGAGACAUAUACGGAAAAGAUGUUUAAUCACUUGACCCGAGUUCUACGGGAGCGUGAUGAUAUGGUUGAGGUGACUAAUGAGAUAUCUCAGGAACGUGACUUCUAUCAGUCUCAGAUACAGGAGGCACCUAAGCUCAACGUGACACCUCCAACAUCCAGUCCCGACAAACAUCAUACGGCAGUGGAGCUGGCGGACGCUAAGGCUAAAAUACGAAAGUUACGACAGGAACUGGAGGAUAAACAGGAGCUCAUCACCGACCUGAAGGACGACCAGGAGGAGAACAAGAUCAUCGUCACCAAACUUCGUAACGAGAAUGUAGAACUGAUCCAGGACGCCCGGUCAGCGCGGUCACUCCGGGACGAACUGGACAUCCUCCGAGAAAAGUUUGGUAAAGUGAAAAGCUAUGAGACUGAAAUCACAAAGAUGAAGGAGAAAUUAAAUGAACUGGAGUUCUACAAGUCCCGAGUAGAUGAACUAAGAGAGGACAAUGCUAUCCUGAUAGAAACUAAGAACAUGCUCCAGGAACAACUCGACAGCUGUCAUAAACGUGUGGAGACCGUCAUAGCACUGGAAAACGAGCUCGGACGGUACAGACAGCAGGUGGAGGAACUGGCUAAGGAACGAGAUACCGAUCGACAGAAGAUACAGAUUCUCACGGAGGAAAAUGCAAACCUGCAGUUUGAGAAAAAGACGAACAUGAACGAGAGUACUAAUAUUGAGAAGGAAUUAGAGUCAGCUCGUCUUAGGAUAGCAGGUAUGGGAGGAUCACUGUCCAACCAGCUGAAUGAAACAACCAACGCUAAGAUUCUGAGACUGGAGUUGGAGAAUCAGCGUUUACAGCAGAAACUCGAGGAGGCCAGAGAAAGUGCUCUCAUAGAAAAUACAACACUGACUUUGGAACUCGAAAAGGAGAAUCAACGACUGGCCAAAAAAGUCGAGAAACUUCAGGAGUCGAGUCGAGAAAUGUCACAGACACACAUCGAACUCGAACAAAAACUUGACCAGUUCCAUCAUGAAAAAGAACAAUUAUCACAGACUUUAGAAACAGUCAAGGAAAGUGCUGAUAGACAGGUUCGUGAGUUGGAACGCGAGAAUGAUCACCUGACUAAUACAGUGGAGACUGUUCGUGCGCGAAGUGAACAGACAAACGACGCAAAGCUCAAAGAUCUCGAGCGAGAAAAUAAGCGUAUGCAUGAAACAGUGACAGCAAAAAACCAAGUGUUAUCCAAAAUGGAAUUUGAAAACAGGCAAUUACAAAAAUCUUACAAUAAGAUAAAGCAGAGCUCAGAUAAGUUAUCUGAAUUGGAAACAGAAAGUGCAAAUCUGGAAAAAGAAAAUCUAGAUUUACAUAAAACUGUGGCAACAUUACAGCUAACUUGUGAUAAAUAUGAGGAAAUUGAACAGGAAAAUUCUGAUCUAGAAGUGGAAAAUAGAAAACUUAAGAAAAACGUUGAGUCCCUUCAAAGUGCUUUACAAAAAAUGGACCAGCUGGAAAAAGAACACAUUAAUUUAAAUGUAGAAAAUCAAAAACUCCAGAGGAGUUUAGAUUCUCUUCGGAAUUCUUCUUCAAAACUUGUUGAGGUAGAAAAUGAUAAAGACUCACUGAAGCGUGAAAUUCAGCAGCUCCGUAAAACAAUAGAAGUACAACGUAGUCACCAAGUGAAGCACGAACAAAUGGAGCUGGAUUUGCUGGACUUGGACAAUGAAAACCAGCGGCUUCAGAAAUCGCUAGAAAUGACAACCAAACGCUUACAGCAGCUGGAGCGCGACAACACAGACAUGGAAAUAGAAAACGAAAAAUUGCAAAAAAGUGUGGAAACUUUAAAAGUGUCGACAAAACGCCUCCAAGAGUUGGAGAAAGCAAAUGUAGAAAUGGAUACUGAAGUGUCGAGACUUGCCAAAGAAAAAUCUGUGUUAACAAAAGAGAAAAAUCGAUUAAAACAGUCUAUUGAGUGGAAGGAUUCAGAACUGGAUGAGUUGACUUCUAAACACAGUGCAUUAGAACGGACAAAUCGUAACUUAAAACAACAGAUAGACAGACAGAAAGACACAAUAUCAAAUAUCAAAGAAAAUGAGAAAGAGAACAAAGAAUUACAACAACAAGCCAAUAUCACCAAACGCAAGCUGGCAGCUCUCCAUGAGGACCUGGUGAAUGAGAAAGUAAAGAGCCAACAAAUGAAGAAUGAGAUGGACAGAUUAACACAUGACCUGGAGAGAGUCGGCAUCAAUAAGGAGAAGUUAGUCAAGGCAGAUAACUCUCAGGACGACAGUCGUUACAAAGCCCUGGAAAAUAUGAUGGAAGAUGCUCUGAAGAAGAGCAUGGAGAUCAAAGAAGAAAAGAUUCAUGCCCUGGAGAGCAGAUUGGAAGAGUCCAAGAAACGUAACAUCCGUCUCCAGGAUGAAUUACGUCAACUCAAGCAGGAAUGUGAGUCACUAAAACAGCGGUAUGAAGAGGAGACACACGGGAGGGACAGACAUGAUAGUGGUGUACGGGGUAGUCAGUCAGGUCGGGCCAACAAUCCAUCCAAGGAAAUGUUUGAAGUUAAGGAUCACCUCAUACAGGUGGAAAGACAGAAUGCCACAUUUAUGGCAGAAAAAAACCUCAAAUCACAGACCAACUCGCUGAAUCUUCAAAUCCAGAAGUUAGAGAGUCAGAACUCCAAGCUUCAGAACCAGUCUUCGUCAUUCCAGGAUCAGUUUACAUCACUGCAAUCCCACAAUGCCAAGUUGCAGGUGGAAAAUUCAACAUUGAAAUCUGAGUGUUCCACGUUACGGUCACAGAUGUCGACGCUACAGUCACAUCUGUCACAGUUGGAGGGUGAACACAAACAUUUACUGGAGAACCAGGAGGAGUUACAGACCUCGCAUGAACAGCUGGUUCAGGAUCACGAACAGCUACAACAGUACCACGACCAGCUCGCAUCCGAGUAUGAGGGACUCAUCUCUGAACAUGGCUCGCUCAAGUCUGUACAUAAAUCUGUAAAAGGAGAAAAUAAAGAGAUGAAAGAACAGCUUGAUGCGUUCCUGCAAGGUCGGGAAGAUGUAUCACGUGUUCGGGAUAGAGCUCAGCGAGAAAAGGAUGCCCUGCGGUCCGAGUUACAGUCUCUGGGUGGAGUACAGAUGGAGUAUGAACACCUGCGUGAUGAGCACGUUAAACUGCUCGGAAAACAUGAACAGUUGUGUAAGGAUUAUAACGAGGUGGCCGGCGACAAUAAACAUCUCAAGACAGAAAACAAUACAUUCCUGACCAAGAACACUGAACUGAAAACACAGUGUGAUGAGUAUAGGGACCAACUACAUGCCAUGGAAAUCGACGUGAACAGUCUCGCUCAUAAGUAUGAUACCCUGUACCAGAUGAAUCAGAAAAUGGAGGAGGACAAUAAGAACCUAUUGAUGCAGAUCCAGUCACUCCUCAACUCCAACCAGGAACUUCUGUCACAGAUCCUCAACAGCAAGGAGCACUUCGCCGAGGAGGAAAAAUCCUACCUAGAAAAGAUGUCCGACUUACGACGACAGAAGGAAAGACUCGAAGAAAAGAUCAUGGAUCAUUACCGGCGACAGGAAGUCUCCAAGAAGAACCGAGGUCUGGGAGCAAGAAUAGCCAGGAGGGCAGCAAAGAUAUUUGUGUCCAGGAACCGAGAGCGCAGUAAGAGCAGAAACAACUUGACCAACAUAGACAACAGUCAGGACAACACGUCCCAGGGGUCAGGGGACAUCACCACAGACCACAACGACUCGAGGAAGUCAGAACGGAAACAGAAUCGUCACGGUAGUGCAGAGAAUCUAUUGGAAACUUCGGCCCUGUCUAAACAGAGUCGUAGUCGUGCAAAAUCGACCACUGCUCUCAACCUUGAGGCUGACAGUAGCGACCAAGCUGUCAGAGGAGCCAAAUCCAGUGACAACCUCUUGGAUUCUGUGCGUAGCCAUGGUGACAAGAGUUCCACCAGCUUCCUUAGUAGUGCCACAUUGCCAGGCCUGGGUAAACCAACAAGUUUCUCUGAAGAUGAUGAUGGUGGAUUCCGUUCUAACACAGGAGAGGGCAGCAAUGAUAUGCUGACAUUGGAGGAGUUCCUUGGGGAGGUGAACAAGGACAGCAAGAGGAAGUCAACCGAUCUCGGUAAGAUCAAGGAUGACGUCGAGUCUAAGAGUAGUGAGAAUUCGGAGAACAGUUUCCGACAGAAAAGACAGGCACCACCACCUCCCAUGGCUAACAGCCGCCAGAUACAUUCGAUCCCUGAUGUAGCUGCUGUGUCACAUCCGGACCUGAACUUGUCACGAAUGUCUCGUAUAUCCACGGGCAGCAGUGGAAGUGGUCAGGAGAGCAGACCAGAAAGUUACGGCCAGGCCACACCUCCACAUGUAAAACUCCCAGAGACAUCCACGCCUGCGCAGUACAACAACAAUGGACAUCACAGCAAUUCACUUGAGGAAAUAGACAAAUUCUCUCCAUUUCCACGGCAACAACAGCCACAUGACUUCAGGAGAAACACACUGGGUUCAACACCAUCGACGGCCACAAGAACUCUCCAGUACUCAAUGUUAUCAUCUCCUGGCCAAUCAGUUAACUCACCAGCUAAUCGAUCGUCCAAUCAGAAUCGAGAGCUGCCCCCAACCCCCUCAGAGCCAGCCACUGACAGACUUGAUAGACUUACAUCACUCAGUCAGUCGUCAUCCUCUCACAACAACUCCAUCAUAUCUAACACCUCAAACUUCAGUGACAUUUCCAAAAACAAUAAUAGUGUAUACUCUCCAAAGGACAGCUAUAACUACCAAUCGCCUCAUAUGGCAAACAAACCCCCCACCCCCCGGGGUUAUCAAAGCCAGCCCCCUGGGCCAGCCCGAGCUCCUCCUCAUCCUAGCCAGGCGGGGAUGGCUAGGAGUCGACAGCCUCCCAUGGACGGUCAGCCAAGUCCCCAGCAAUAUUCUCAUAAUGGUCCUGUGAGGCCAGUACCCACCAGAGAAGCUAGCCGACACGGGCAGAGUCCCGGCUCACGACCAAAUACUUACCAGGACCAUAAUACAUUCCAAAAUAACAGUGCAGGUGUCUAUUCCAGUGUGGGUGAGAAUCGCACAAGGAAUUCUGUGGAUUAUUCUCCGCAAAAAUCUAGUGUUCAAAGUAACGGACCAAUUGAAGGCAGUCAAGAGCAUCACUAUGCACGUGUGCAGAAAAUAGAACGACCUAAGUCUGUUCCUCCAAACAUUUUUAAUCAAUUACAAAUGCAAGCUCAGCAACAGCAGGCUCAGAAACAGGACCAAGGGCAGAUAUAUUCACAGCCGCAGAAAGGCCGCACACCACCAGUACCUCCGCCACGGAGAAAUCGUGAAGUAAUUGCACGUGUCAGUCUGGUCCGAGAACCAGGUCAGAUGCCUACUGGGCGCAUGUCUGCCCAACCUUACCAGACCUCUGGGGCCAACUCCUCAAAUGGUCCUGUCAGUAAAACUUUGCCAGUUGGAGGCAUUUCUCGGUCAGUAACUCCUGGGGUUAAAUCUCCGCCCUCUAGUACGUCAACCGCGCCACGACCAAUGAAACCAGAGGAAAAUGCCACAGAACCUAACAAAAACGCACUAUGGACUAGGGAAGCACGGUGAUAGGUGGACAAUUUAACCCUAUGCAUGUGGAACGGUGUAGUUGUCUCCCCUUGCCAGAGACAGAACAGGCUAUUUAAUAUCAGGUGUUCUAUUGUAUCCGAGACUGAGGCUGACUGUUCGCAAGGAGGCAAAUCCAGGGGCAUUAAAUCUGGAAUGUUGAAGAAACUAACCUAUUUGUCUUUGACCCAUUGACCUUGACCUUCAUUGCAAUUUGUCCUUGACCUUUAUAUGAAGUAAAAAUGUCAUGUCUCCCAGCACCUGUCCACAAGCAUGUCGUAUGUCACUCAGAUUCAAUGAUAUACACUUAUUAUAAAGUCAAGAAAUUGAUUGGCAAUACAGUAUAUGCUGGCAUUGUUGUACAAUGUUGUAAAAUCUUGUUAAUGCUUAUCAAGUUUCUUUUUUGAGAUUGAAAGUGUGAACUUGAAUCUGAUUGGCUGUUGUCUAACCCUUCACUAUACCUAAUGCUUACCUCCCCUGUAUCGUUAACAUAUUGAGGCGGCAGCACUGUUGAUUAUUCAUGGUUUGUUUCAAACCUUAUAAUUUAUCUUGUAUGUUGUUAUGGCAGCCAUAUUGAUGAUUCAUUGAUUCUUUCAUUGUCAUCAUGAAAAGCAAUACUUUUUAACAGCACCAUGUUGUCUGGGCAGCCAUUUUGACAGCUAAUCUGUAUCUUUACAGCACUUGAUGUGUAUCUUUACAGCACUUGAUCUGUAUCUUUACAGCACUUGAUCUGUAUCUUUACAGCACUUGAUAUUUUAUCAUGUGAUGUCAAAAACAACAAAUAUCGAAAUAAACAUGUUGAGAUAAACAGUUAACAAAUGUAAUGGAGUCGCUUGAUAAAUAUUUAUAUAAAAGCAUGCAGGUUCACUUCAAACACCAAAUUGUUUACUGACUAUGAAUUAAACUGUACAAAUGUAUUUAUGUCUUACAAUAUACAGAACACUUAGACUAAUAAAACUGUAUCUAUAUUACAAUAUACAGAACACAUAGACUAACUACUACAGAUAGAUCACUCGCUCUAAGUUUAUGUUGCAUGUUUGUUAAUUGUGGAAUUUAUUUUGAAAUCUAAACUACACUUUAGCUGUAUUUACAGUAAAGGGGUUAUUUACAGGACGUCUCCUAGCCCCCAGAUUUGCUUUCAAGUGUGGUGACCAGUAAGAAUGCAUUUAGAAAAAUUGUUUGCUUAGAAAUGAGAUUUUGAUGAAUUAUUUUCUUCAUUGAAAAGGCAUUAUAACUAUCUGUUGCUGCCAAUCUCUCAGUCCUGGAAGUUUUUAAAUUGAUGUUGUAACUUAAAAGAUGUUUAACUUUAAUCCAUAAAAGAUACAUUGCAUGCAUGUACAUUUUUUAAUAAGAAACAACUUGAUCAAAAGUAAGAUUAUUCCAUUUUUUUUUUUUUUUAUUUAUUAGCCGACAGAAUGGCAGUAAAGCUUUAGUAUGACAUUUUUAUAAGUGCAUAAUCAUUUAUUGGGUUAAGUCAAUAAGUGUUUCAUAUUUCUCUGGGAAGAGACUGGUAGAAAUAUAGCUGAAUGUCCCCCACACCAAUGAAAUAAACACCUUGCCAGUACACUAUGUAUUUUGUCAUGUUACCUUGGUUACCAGACUAAUGAGAUUUGUAUACGGUAACUAUGGUUACCCUUGAAAUGAUGUAUUAAUUUAUAGUACUUUUGUAAAUUUAUGAAAUGAAUUGAGAGGAUUUUUUUUUCUUUUUUUGCACUUUCCUUACAGCGACCCAUAUUGUCCGUCCUACAACCAAACAUUUAGCCAUGUAUGUAUUUUUUUUAUCCUGUCUCCCCUGAACACGAAGAAGUCAGCCUUUACCAGGCCAUGUCCAGUAAGUUUGGAUAUACGUGAUGAAUUAUGUUGUGAUAAGAGAGUAUUUUGUACAAAGCUAGUUAUGUACAUUGUAUUGUGAUUUGUUUACACUAAUAUCCAUUCCAUUGUAUAGUUUCACCUUCAUUACUGCGUCUGUAACAACAAGUAACACAGGGCUCCUAAUGUCUGGUUCUCUAACCCGCUACUCUACCCAGAGGAUCCACUUCCCCUGCCCCCUGGGACCCAUCCAUCCCCUACCCCCAGGACCCCUCCUUGCAUAUUUUGGUAGACUCCCAGGAAAUAUUUUCUGGCAUUAAGUCUUUAGUUAAAUAGAAGUUAAUUAUGAUUUUCAGGUUUAAAGUUUAGUCACAUAGAAUUUCAUUGGGAUUUCCUGUUCAUUUUUUAUAAACUACGGAAAUUUUGUAAUAGAUUUUAUAUCUUCGAUGUAUAUUUUCCAAGGUCUCAUCCUAUAACCAUUACUUCUACAGACUUUUGGUUUUGUUACAGGAAAGUUUCUGAUAGUCCAAUCACUUAUGGUCAGUUUAGACAGGUGUCCUGAUAGGCUGAUCACUCUUAUGGUCAGUUUAGACAGGUUUUACAGUAUUCUGAUUACUACAGGAUCCAAACAGAUGCUGUUUAGUCAGUUUAGACAGGUUGACUCGUAUUAUUAUAUUUGUAAAUUAUUAAAACAGCUGAUACUGAAAUGUGCCUUCCUAUAACAGCGGUAUACCUGUACUUUGCUCAGUGUCGGACUUACCUGUACCUACAACACUGUAUCUGUGAUUUUUACUCCAGAUUUCAGCUCCUUGACACUACAUGUUGGACUUGAUGGUGUAACUUUACAUGAUUAAUUUAAGAUGAUUAUAGAAAUGAUAAAAUUAAUGUUUUACAAAUAGAGCGGUAGUGAUUUCAGGUUAGAUGAUAAAUACCACUUGUCUUUGUUUUCUGUAUGUUGAUGUCUGUAAAAGACUCUAAUCUUGGGUUUGUUUGUCCUUGUCAGAUAGAGCUCAAGGCUUCUAAUUUGUUACCCGGCUCAUUUUAUUGAUCGAUAUCUUUCAUUUUGUACUUCUUUAUAAAAAGGUGAAUUGAAUACCAGAUAUACGUGUCCAACUCCUUCACUUGUUACAUCAGAUCAUGAUACUGACGUCAUUCCUCGUAAAGAUAUCAGACAAUUAAAAACUUAUGUUAUUGCAUGGUCCACAGAUUAGAUGAUCCGUCCCUGACAUACCUGUCUCCGAUACUUCCCCUAUUACAACUAUCUAAAUAUCUCAUUUUCAGUAAAAUUUAGUAUUGGGGAGAAUAAAAAAUGCCUGAGGACUUCCUUGUUCAGUUUUAAAGCAGGCUAAUUGAAAGUAUUACAAGAAUAAUUGUUAUGCUUUAUAAAAGAAAUAGCUAUUGAAUCACUUGAGCUAAUUAAACUGUAAUAACAUGUUUAACAAAAUUUUGCUUUGAGAAUUAAAUCCUAUUUAAAGAAAUCCCCAAACUUCACACUAAUCCAGUUUCACUCUUCACCUUGACACCUAACACCCCCUCACCCACCUUCUAAUGAAGAUGUCAUUUAUGUCUAAAUUAUCAUCAAGCAUAUAUAUUUAAAGAUGUUACACUGUUAUAUAUAUUUUUUCAAAUUUUAUGUGAAGAGCAUUUUUACAUAAAUCCUGCCUUUUUCACAUUGAAGAUUUUGCUUGUACAUGUAUAUUUUUGUAACAUGCUCAUCAAACAUACAAUACAUUGUUAACAAGAUGCUUGAAAUAAUGUCAAAUCAAUGUUAACAUGAGGUUUGUGAUGCAAUGAUAAAUCAUUGUUACAAAAAUUCUUAAUUACAAUGUGAAGUCAUUGUUAUAAAGAAGCUUGAGACAUUAAAUCGUGUGAGAAAUACUCCACUAACGGUGGAUAGUUUCCCAAUAGAUGGUCAUUGUUUUUGCAAUAAUUUAUUACAUGAAUCACCAGUUAAUAUAAAUUAACUGAAUAGAAUUAAAUGUCAUAAAACUGA